AUGAAGGUCACUGUUCAGCUCAUCACCGCUGCCCUUGCAGUUUCUGUUGCAGCCCAUCCUCAAAACGGACGGGGCGGUGGAAAGCCCAGCAGCACCACCACUGCUGCCGCUGCAUCUUCGACAACUGCUGCUCCCGGCCGAGGUGCCAUGUCUUCUCUGCCCUUCCUGCCAACCUGGCUCUUCAGAGACUCCAACGCCAACAAGUGCAUCAGCACUUACAACAACUGCUUGAUCACCAACUCAUCCAACCAAUCGGCAUGCGCUUCCAACUACGCAGCCUGCAUCAAGGGCGGGUCUUCUUCUACCGGCUCUGCUACAUCAGCUCAGACAGCUACUACAACUGUUUCAAGUGCUAGCGGUCCUCCCACUCGCACCUUUUCUCGACCCUCCGUCUCUGGUCUUGCUCAAUGGUGGAGGAACGAGCAGAGCAUCCGACGAUGCAACUAUGCCUACUACGUCUGCCGUAGAAAGUCUGGCUCUACUCAGACGUCUUGUGCUUCUGACCGAACCGCCUGCAUAGCUUCCGCCAGCGCCACUGGAAGCGCCACGGCUGUGCCUACCAGUGUUCCUACCAGCAUCCCAACCAGCGCGGCGACUACCACUGCGACUGGAUCAGCAGCUACAUCGACUACUAACGUCGCUGCGGGUACAGGCGCUGCUGGUGCCGAUGCUCCUCUCAACUCGGACGAUCCCUCGUUUGAUGAUGAGAACUACGAUGCUGAUACUGCCUAA